AUGAUCACGACCAAGAUCAAAUGGCCGGAAUGGCGAUACGUUCCAUUCAGUCGCAUCUUCUACCUAGGCAUGAACAUCCUCCAGUCAACCGCGGGCAUCACGGUGGUCAGUCUGUGCGGAUCCGACGUGUCGGAGAACUCCAUCCAGAAAGGGCGAUCGAUCUUCACCAUUGUAGUCGGCAUCCUCUCGAUAAUCACGGCAUUCUCAUUUGCCGUCGAGGUUCUGCUCACCAUGCCGAGCCGCGUGUGGCUGCUGAUCGUGUUCGUGUGGCAGUGGCUGAUUGUAGCCCUGUGGGCGAUCUCGGCCGGUCUGCUGGGAGGGGUAUACCUUCCGCAUGGACGGGCGAGGAUGCGGACAGCAACGGGGUUCGCAUAUCUGAAUCUCGUGCUGUGGCUGUUGUGCUCGAUUGUCGGCACCGUCACUUGUUGUGCUUCGGGCCGGAAAAAGAAGCAACGGAACGGCGCGGAUGGUGAGGUGGAUGGAGGCCUUAAGCCGCCGGCGCAGGUGCACGUUCUUGCAGACAGAAGUACUGGACCUUAA